GAGAAAGGGGAGAGAGAGAGCGAGAGAGAAAGGCGGUCCUGCGAUGGGAGUACGCGACGAUCGUCUGACAACCCUGGGCACUCUCGGGAUUGUGAGCGUCGGUGCCCUCGACACCACCGACAGAGAGCGGCUAUUAUGAGGCGUCCGACCGCAACCGGAGACGCGAUUCACGCUGGUUUAACGAAGCCGCCUGUGAUUCAAACGGUACCCCCUUGAGACUGGAUGGGACACCCGGCGUAGCGCGCUCACAAACCACCCAAGUUGGACUGAAUGAGGUCGGAUUUUUUUUUUUUGGAAACUAGCACCGGAGUGUUGUGUGGUGCUUCAAAUAACGCCGGGGUAACUCGUUAGUGAGUGGUCCCGUCCCCAGUUCACCAUGAGGGUUGUUUCGGCCAACUUCUUCGCGCUGCUCUUUAUGUGCACUUGCGCCAGUGUUUUCUACGUGUGGAGCACGCUGGAGAACCGGCUGGAGCGGUAUAAACGCAGGCUCCAGUCACUGAACGCGGGGUACUUUCACCCCGAUCAGUCCACGGACCUCUCCUCCAAAACUUUCCGGGCUCUGCUCGCCGUUCCGGUCGCCCAGAGAGCACACUUGGGGGGCAGACUCGGGGUUCACAACCUCACGGGUGAGCGGGAUCAACCCGUCUCUUUAGCGAGUCGAGAUUACCAUAUGAAUGUGGAUAACAAGGGGUCAACGCAGCGGGAGGGACCCAAAUUCGCCUCCCCCGUCGAGGACGGUAUUUUCUGGAGCGAGUGGCUGGAAAAUCACAUCCCGCUCGGUUUUACGGAAGAAUACGCCCGCAGCUGGCGAGAGAAGGCUCGGGGUCACCGGAUAGUGAAGCUGGAGCCCGGAUGUGGCAGGAUAUCCAACCAGCUCGCCACGUUCUCAGAUGGAACCAAAGCCUGCGUCCGCUACGGGAUAAAUGCGGACCAAGUGCAGGGCGAGACUUUGACCUAUUACCUCGCCAGUCUGCUGGGCAUCACUAACGUCCCGCCUCUGAUUCUGGCCCGGCUGGACGUCGACAGCGACCAAUGGGCUGCCGUGAGGAGGAGAAUAGACGGGCUGCAGUGGGGUGAACGGGCCGUCGUAUCUCUCACCAAGUGGGUGUCCAACCUGACCGGGGUCGCCAUACCUGCGCCGCUCAGACAGGUGAGCGGCGGCGGCGCAAACGGAACCGGAAGCGGGCUGCAUCCUCUCCGCACCGACCUCUGGAACGGCACGACGCGGGAGCUGCUCGAGCUGGCGCAGUGGACGGACCUGCUCGCGUUCGACUACGUGAGCGCAAACUUCGACCGGCUCGUUAGCAACGUGUUCAGCCUGCAGUGGGAUGCGCGCGCCAUGGAGCGGGACGCGAGCAACCUGCUGCGGGAGGCGGCGCGCAGCCGCCUCGUCUUCGUGGACAACGAGGCUGGGCUCGUGCACGGCUUCCGCGUGCUGCGCAUGUGGGAGACGUACCACGACGCGGCGCUGCGUUCGGCGUGCGUGUUCAGGAGGCGGACGGCGCGACGCGUCGCGGAGCUGCACCGGCGCCGCGACGCCGGGCCCAGGCUGCUGCAGCUGUACCGGGACAACGAGCCUCUGGCCGGGGAGCUGGGCUUCCUCUCCGACGAACAUGCCGGGGUUCUGCAGGACCGGAUAGACAGGCUGUACAGGCACAUGUUACGCUGCGAGGCCAAGUACAGCCAGGGGUGAGCGGUGCCGGUGUGCUUCCAGGUCCUGUAACGGCGCACAGGGGAUGGGAAUUGAACUCACCACACGUGCGAUUUUCGAGGGGACGCCCGUGUUGAGCCAACGCACCUCACACGCAACUGUCUUGAAUGUCCACGGCGAACUACCUCUUGUGAAUAAAGUGUGUUGUCCACUUUAUAAGUACGAGAAAGAGUGUGUGUUUAUACGUGCUCCCCAUAGAGAAGGCCGUAGGGCAUUGUCCCGAUGUGCCUCACAGAGGGGACGAGACACAAUUACCUUGAAUUAAUUUCCUACAUUCUGACUUCAUCCACUUGGGUGAUAUGUGCUAACUAGGCGUAAAUGUGAUAGAUAUUUCGGUGUCGCUCGGUGUCAUAACAGCCUUUAAUGUGCAUUGGUUUUCUAUGAAGCCUUAACAUACUAAGUUGACACUUGAAUACUGGUUUUCGUUUAAUCUGUUGGCACAUUUGUCUCACUUUUUUUAUAUAGAAAAUGGUUUGCACAAUCAGAUCUUAACAGCAAGCACCUGCUCUCGUGUAAUUGCAUAUGGAUUGUAUGAUCGGCCUUAAUGUCACGUGUAAAAUAGUGUACAUGUUGUAAAUAUUAGUGCUGUCUGCCUGUUUUUGACCUUCGACGCUCCACUAAUUUAAUGUGCAUUGUAACAGUCAAGCGGCUCCUGUCAUUUUUUGAUAAAUAUGUUGUA